UCAUAUCUGUCAUUUUGAGUUGGCAAAUCUAAGCAGUUGUUUAUUGAAAAAAACAGAAACAUAAACAUAAUAUUACCUCUUAAAAUUUACGAUUUGUAUUGUUAACUUCUUCAGGAUGUUGAAGAGCAGUGGCUUCACAGCUUUUUAUCAAGAUGCACCAAAUCAAUGCUUGUUUGAAGUCAAGACCAAAGACCCACGACUGAACCUUGGUCUCGUCUCUUUUAUACCCACGUUUGAGCUGGAAAGCGAUUUGAAUUCAAACUAUGCAACGAGCACAAACGAAUUUGAAAUGGACUUUUCAUUGCCCUCGCAUCGGUUUAAUGAUUUUGCGGCACCUGCUAGCAAGCUCAAUGUACUGCCAGAGAAGUUGGACUUUUCAGAACUCUUGUCAUUUCAAAGUGAAACGAGCUCGUAUCCAAGGGAGCCAUCAAUCAAAGAGUUUUGUCCGCCCGUCGAUGUCAUGCAAAUGGAAAGUCAAUUGAUACCCAUCCCAGAGGAGCAGCUGAAAACUGACGAGUCAAGUGAAAUUCUUGCUAUCGAUGUAAACGAAACUCAACCAGUUUUGGCAUCAAAGUUGGGAAUAUUUAGCGAGUUCCUGAAAAGUAAUUCUCAUAGUCUUGUAGUUGAUGUCAAGCACAACGGAGUCAAGCUAAGACCUCAAGAUGCUAUCAAGAGAAAUGUUUCAACGGAUUACUUGAUGAUGAUUAAGAAGGAAAUGCAAGAGGAUUUGCCUGAAGCGGCUAUUCAAACAUCUAUUUUGGCUUCCUAUUAUAACACAAAAGACAAAAAUACGCUCCCUCCUGCAACUUUUAAUGCCUGCCAGUAUGCGAGCAUAAAGAAUGAAUCAGAAGAGGCGAAAAACUCAACUUUAAAAGAGAAUUCUUUAUCAGCUUCAGUUAAAAAGACUUGCAGCUCAACAAUCCCGAUGGAAAAAUUGGAAUGUAACAAGAAAAUUGCCAAGAAAAAUACUCGCAACAUCGUUGGAGCCAUUGAAAUUCAAGAAACUGGAGUUCAAAUAUUUCGCAAGCCAACAAAGCUCUUCACUUUCGAAAACUUAAGAGACUGGAAGAAAAAGGGUGAAGGACAGAUUGAGAUUUGGAAAUUGCAACAAUCUGAUGACGAAAUCUAUUAUAUGCUGCUGUGGGACAAGUGUACGCAAAAGUUGCUCAUUCAUAUGCGGCUGGACAGCAAGUGGAGCAUCGAUUAUUUGACCAACAGCACCAAUAGCUGCCGUUGGUCGCACUACAAUUAUGCUCAGGGUCCGGAGGGAGUGCGGGAACGUUUUGCGUGUCGCUUCAGAGAUUCGAAUGUGGCAGCCCAAUUUAUUGAUAUCGUGGGCAAAUGCACAGCCAAUUCAAACUUGCAUUGAGCAUCAUAUAUUUGUUUUAUUUAUCUUAAAACGCACAUUAAGCUAAUUACUGAUGAGACCUGACGCAAAAUUGAUAAUCAAGAAAUGUGUAUUUGAAUUGUUAUGCACAUUUUAAGGCUCCUUAUACUACAAAUAAUAUUUCAUUUAGACAUUUUAUUUCUAAAACUUAUUAUUUCUGUAAUUUUGUAAGGGUUGUUAUAUAAAAAAUUUAUUUCUCAA